ACAACACUCGCUACUGUACUAUCAGACUGCUGCUGCGCUACUACUGAACAUCCUCUCAAAUAACAAGAAAAACAACCAAAACAUAUAAGCUGUGGAGAUGAUGGAGGAGAAUGAGGAGCAGUCGGAUGCCCAGCAGUCAGACCUCAGUUUGAAGGGAAACGAGCACAGCUUCAGGCUACACAUGGUCACGUGGAACGUGGCCACAGCUGAUCCUCCGGAUGAUGUGAGCUUACUCCUCCAGCUGAACUCCCCAAAGAGCCCAGACCUCUACGUCAUCGGUUUGCAGGAGGUGUACUCAGGGCCACUGAGGUUUGUGUCAGACACUGUGUUCGAUGACCCAUGGAGUCAAAUUUUGAUGACGACCUUAGCGCCAAGGGAAUACAUUAAGGUAUCAUCCAUCAGAAUGCAGGGUCUGCUGCUGCUAUUUUUCUCCAAGCUGGAGCACGUCCCCUUCAUCAGAGACAUCCAGGCCACAUACACACGCACAGGCAUUUUCGGUUACUGGGGGAACAAAGGUGGCGUGUCUAUCCGGUUGUCUUUCUACGGCCACAUGCUGUGUUUCCUCAACUGUCACCUCGCUGCACAUAUGAAAUACGCCACAGAGAGAGUGGAUGAGUUCGAGUACAUCAUGGACACGCAGACGUUUGACUGUAAAAAGGCUCCAAGAAUCAUUGACCACAAGCUGGUGUUCUGGUUCGGAGAUCUCAAUUUCCGAAUUCAGGACCACGGCAUGCACUUUGUCCGUUCCUGCAUCAACAAUCAGACCUACAGCCUGCUGUGGAGCAAAGACCAGUUGACCAUGAUGAAGUCGAAAGAGCAGCUGCUGCAGGAGUUUAAGGAAGGGCCUCUGGAUUUUCAACCAACAUACAAGUUUGACUUGAACUCCAAUACUUAUGACAGCAGGGUCUACAGGACUUGGUUUGGCUUUAACGGUAAGAAGCGUAAACCUGCCUGGACCGACAGGAUUCUGUGGCGGCUCCGACCCAAAGCCCCGCCCCCCGACGAGCCAGAUUACAGCAGUGUUGGACCGGAUGUGAAGAAGGUCGAGCACGUGGAGGAGGAUGAGGAGUACCCUCUGAAGAUCAGGCAGGAGUCGUACACCAGCAACAUGGAGUACAGCAUCAGUGACCACAAGCCUGUCACCAGCGUCUUCACACUGGACCUGAAGAAGAUGUACGAGACUCCUCUGGUGCGUCUGCAGGCAGAGGGCGACUGGAGCGCAGACAUCGAUGCCAUGGUUCUCUACAGCCCUCUGCAGCCGUUCCCCUCCAGCACAUGGGACUGGAUCGGACUCUAUAAGGUCGGAUUCACCAGUGUGUUGGACUACAUCACUUACACGUGGGUCAAAGAUGACGAAGUGGCCUUUAAUGAGGAAAUCAUGCAGGUAUAUGUUAGUAAAGAGGAGAUCCCUGUGCGGGGAGGAGAGUGUGUGCUCUGCUACUUCAGCAGCACUCUGCAGUGCAUCAUUGGAAUUAGUGAACCAUUCAAGGUCCACGAGUCAAAGGUAGCCAGUGAAGAAGGCUUGGAGCCUGAAAAGAUCAACGGACUCGACAAAGCCGUGGCGAACGAAGACUUUUGGAACUGAUCCAUCAGGAGUCGUAGAUGUGGUAUGAUAGAGAAACCACAACAAGGCUUUCAAUUACUGUGUUUCCUAAUUUGUCUCUUAUGGAGCAGAUUAGGAAGUUCUGCCUGUUCAUGCUGUUACACAUCCCAGCUGACCUCUAAUGCUACUGGUGUGGCUAUAAGGCCUCGUUUAGAUUGCCAACCCAAAUCUUUUUUAUGGCAUAUCCAGACUGUAUCCAGAUUUUAGAAAGUGUUGACAGCAAAACACAUGAAAUUCGAUUUUUGAUAAGGACGUGGUUUGAAAUGCCGCCUCUGUAGCUGCUCAAAUUGGAUUUCAUAGUGUCUUUUUUGUCACUUGCAGCAUGAAACACGAUGACAAACAAAAUCCAGAGUGAAAACAUACAUGAGCAGAAUUCAUGCUGCUGCUAACAGAACAAUGUGGAGGAAAUGCUGUAUGCUAGCCUCCUGUUUGGCUGAAUUUGUCUGGUGUGAAGCUGGAAAAUGACAGAUCUCCAUUUUUAAUGCUUCUGUCCGAAAAGGCCACAUCGCCAGCACAGCUACGUAGUUACUGACAUCGGUACCGUUGCAGCCCGUGCGGAGACGUUGGUGUUGUCUGGACACACAAAUCCGGUCUGAUCCCUUGCAAAUAACAGUGCGGAGUCUGUCUUAAAGAUCUGAUCUGAGGACCAAAUCUGAUUUGGCUGCAGUCUGAACGCAGCCUUAGUUACUUACGCCUCUGCGGUCAGUACGCUUUUUUUACGACUGGUCUUUAGGAUCACAUUUUCUCUACGUAUGUUGACCAGAAUUUAAGGUCUUAUUGGAAUGAUGCAACACUUCGUCAAUCCAUCAUAAACUUAGUUUAACCCUGAGAGUAAGGUUACCUAGAGUGGAGACUUAACAUUUAAAUUGGCUUUACGUUAAACAAAUAAGGGCAAGUUCUGGUCUAAAGUGUGAAAAACUUGCUGUACUGUGUGUGAGGUUAAAUUAUAGGAUAUGAUGAAGUGCUUUGAUUGAAUGAUGCUUGAAUUUGAGAAGCUAGACGUCUUGAGGAAAAAGAAAGUGAAGUACGUUUUAGGAUCUUUGCAGGCCUGCUGCUUUGUGAGAUCAGUCCUGUGUAUCAGCUAACGUAAGGAAUCGCUCCUUUUAAGGCUUUUAACAGCCCAAAAUAUUUGUGUAAACUCCCGUGUUUUAAAUGCUGAACUUGCUCUCACAGCUGCUUUGGCGUUGCUUGAAGAAAUGCUGGAAAAACCGAAUAGUUUUGUUUGUUUGAAAUGGUGAAAUCGUCCCGGGCGAACUUCACCUGAAGCUGCAAUUAUGAAAAGAAAAAAGGGAAUUGCAAAAAUUAACAAAACUCAUCGGUUCAUUUUUUAGUUCUCACAUCAAUUUGUUUGUAUGGACUGAUUUAUUUUGCAGUGGUAAAUAAGCACGUUAACGCUCUCUGCUUACUUAGAGAUUUGUAGUACACAGCUACAUAAUUUGCAUCUUCAUGUUCAUAUGAUGCUGGAACAGGAGUUUACACAGUGAAAGGCCUUUAUUAGCAGUUCAUAUUUAGUUAUAUUUUCUAUAUAGUCAUUUUGAUCUCACCUAAAGGAACCGUUUGGAUUUUUUGGGUUGUAUGAGGUAUAUCUCCGUAGUCAGUGUAUUACCUAGAGUAACUGGUGGUUGUCACACCCCUCUGUUUGGAGAAGCAGGCUGGAGUAUUGACACAAUACUGGAAGGAGUCUGCAAUAAAUGCAUUUUAGUCACCUUAAAGAUCAAUAUCAGUUUAAGUGUAUGCUGUAUAUAGAAUAUUUUCCCUGCUUUACCUCACUAAGCGACGGCGCUUCCUGCUGGGGAACAGAAUCUGUCAUCUGUCUCUCUCUUAAGCCAGACUUCAUUGAGAAAAACAACAAUUUAAAAUUGCCUAAAACAAGAGCUUCUGGUCUACGACUGCCUCGUUAAUGAUUUUUUUCUGUGUUGUUGUUUGACUUUGGUUUUUGAAGUUGUUGGUUUGGAUUCAACAAACGCACACAAUGACCUAAACGAACUAACUUACUGAGGCAAUGGUCAACCAGCAGCUCAGCCAAAAUUACUGCUUUUUUCAAUGGAGUCUGGUGGCUUUGAAAAUAAUAAUAAUAAUCUUAUUUAUAUAGCACCUUUCAUACAUAAAAUGCAGCUCAAAGUGAUUGAAAUACAAGAUUGCUAAGAUUUAAAACCAAUUAUGAGAAACGGGUAUAGAAAUUCAUUUAUAAUCUCGUACAAACACACACACACACACAUAUGUAUACACAAAUAAAAUAAGAUAAAAUCAAAUCAAAUCAUUAUACAACACAUGUAUACCAUAGCUCUGGCAGUAAGUUGCAGAACAGGUCAGAGGUGGAAAACAAACAAAAGAAAUAAAAAAUAUAAAAAGGAUAUUAAACAAGAAGAGUCUAAAUUAUAAAAGCGCAAAAAAGCAUGAAACACAUUUUUAAGAAAGUAAAACCAUAAUAUGUGAUCAGGUCAUUUAGACAGCAGAGAGCAGAGAAAUGUGUCUUAAGCUGCUUCUGAAAACUACACACAGAAAAGAGCAUAGAUGGGGAACUUUGCCGUUUACAGCUUCUCCGCUGGAUCAGGCGGUCUGACGAUAAGGUAAAGCGGUGGAAAUACUCUCAGUAUAGCAUACACUUAGACUGAUAUUGAUUUUUUUUGUUGUUGUUGACAUUUUUAGGUGGCUAAAGUGCCUUUUGCUACUGACCCCAUCUACACCAGUACAUUACUGAGGCUCCAUGCUGGACUCAAGCCUGCUUCGACAAACUGUCCGUCAUCUACUGUAGGUAAAGCAUCGACUGAAUAUGCACCUCAUACAACCCCACUACGAAAAAUCUGAACUAUCCCUGCAAAGCUUUAUUAUAAAAUGCUCAUUCAGGGGAUAAUCAGAGCUUCAAAUCUUUAAUUAAAACAAAAGUCGAUAAGAAGAAGCUCUACCUAUAAUAAAAACUCUGCUGAGGUCUGUAGGCCCAUCGAACAUCCAGUGAUUCAAUCACAGCUUUCUCUAAAAUAACAAUUUUCAUACCACCAGUCAUCUGCAAGUCAGCAGAGCAUUUUACAUGAAGAAAAUCAAGGAUACAAUCAGACAAAUCCCAUUUUUCUACAACACGUUUUGAGAAAUGUAAUGCAUAGUUUAUGCUGAAGUUCACUUACCAUUCAAAUUGGCCCACAAAUCCAGGAGUCUGAGUCGAAGUUCGGUAGCACUUUUUGUGUUUAGUGCUCCUACAAUCUUGGCGUUAAAUAAAUAAAAACCCUUUAGGCAGAAAUAAAGAGAAAUUCAAAUUUAUUGAGGUGAACUUUUGCUUUAGUAAGAGAAGAUCACCUGACUGUCCUUCAGCUCCAUUUUCUCUUUUUUUUUUAAAAACACAAUAAGUACUUUUUGCUGAAAAAAAGUAUUUUUAUUUAUAAAUCUGUGGAGAAUUAUUAUCCUACAGGGCUGAUCUUGUUGAGUGUACUGUACUGAGAGCUUUUUUGCUGUUUUUAAUGUUUCGUGUGUUAUUUGAAAUAUUGAUGAGGCUCAAAGAGUAGCUGAUGUUAGUGUCGUGAUCGGACUGCUGUGGGAAGGUAAGAAGGUUUUGCAGGUUUGAUUUCCUCCUCAGUGUUUGAAUGAACUUCAGUUGUUCCUGGGGGACUUGAAAACAAAGCUAUUUAACUUUUAUCUUUUUUUUUGUGGAGCAAGAUUACCUGUGGCUUAUUUUCUUGCAGUUUGGUAAAAUUAAUACUCAUUCCCUUUUAAUACUGAUUGUAGUAUCACAGAAAAUAGGAGAACAAAGAUAUAUUGCACUGUUUAUUAUUAAUGCAGACAUAUUUAUAGGUUAUCGUGUUAUUAUUAGUGUGUGCUGAAAAUAUAAAUAUUUUGUUUUCAGAGAAUCCGAAUUCAGCAAGUGCCUUUAAAAAUGAUUGUUGCAUUAUAUUUAGUGUACUGUACUAUGCUGCUCAAUAUUGAUACAAUAUGUAUCAUUCAUGCUCAUCAGAUUAUUUAUCAUAAUAUGACGUGAUUUUCAUGGCUUCUUCUUGUUCUGCGCAAUUAUAAAUAUUGCUUUUCUAAACUUUCACCAACACAAAUAUCUCUUUUAUUUAAUAUUAUUGCUAUUGGCUUGCUGCAAUUAUUUACAUUAGCCAAUUUAUGUUGGUUUCUCCUUUUUUUUAACUAAAAAGUGACCUAUUUUCUGAAAUAGAAAUGUGUAAUGUACUGUAAGAGAAUACCGGCAAAUUUAAAGCUUUGCAAAUUAAAUAUUAAGUGAGUCUCACUUGA